UUGGUGCCACGCUCCCUUUCCUGCAGAAGAGUGUGCCCUCAGAUGGCUUUGGUUAUAAUAACACCACUGUUGAUCCUAGCCUGGCUCCCGACAGCUGAAGCCACAGAGUCCGUCUGUAUGUUAUGGGACAGCACUAAUUUGCCAAGCCUCUUCCGAGAUGGGGACAUUGUUCUAGGAGGGUUGUUCCCCCUGUAUGACCAGUUAAUUGUGACGGAGGACUCAUACAGAAACACCCCAGAAUUGCCACACUGCAUAAAUUUAAAAUACAGGUCUUUUCGCUGGGCUCAGGGGAUGGUUUUUGCAAUAGAAGAAAUUAACCAGGACUCCAGUCUCCUCCCCAAUAUCAGACUUGGCUAUAGGAUACUCGACAGCUGUGGAAAACACCCCCUGGCUCUGAGAGGUGCCUUUUCGGCUCUCAGCAGACAGAGUAGUUUGAGUCCCGGCAACGUAUGCACUGGAUCUGGUGCGGUUCCUGUAAUAAUCGGGGACACAUCCUCUACGCAGUCCAUCAUAUUGUCGAAAACCCUGGGGCCCUUUCAAGUUCCACUGGUCAGUUAUUCUGCUUCUUGUGCUUGCCUGAGCAACAGGCGAGAGUAUCCUAACUUUUUCAGGACAAUACCCAGUGAUUUUUAUCAGGCGCGGACAAUGGCGCAGAUGGUCAUGUAUUUUGGAUGGCCCUGGGUGGGAGCUAUCGCUACCGACAAUGACUAUGGAAUUUUAGGGAUUCAGAUGUUUGCGGAGCAGGUGAAAACCGCCGGAGUCUGCAUUGCCUUUUUCGAGACGGUCUCUAAAGUUUUUCCCAAAAGAGAUGCGGUGCGCAUCGCAGAGGUUGUCAAAGCGUCGACGGCGAGAGUCAUUAUCGUCUUUGCUUUUUACACGGAUGUGGAGGUGGUGUUUGAGGAGCUGGUGAAGCAAAACGUCACAGGCAGGCAGUUCAUAGGGAGCGAGGGUUGGAGCACCAGCCCCACGAUUUACAAUAAGGACUUCUCCUCUCUUUCCCUGGGAGUUCUCGGUGUUGCUAUCCGUCGGGCUCAGAUUCCAGGGAUGGAGAGCUUCCUUGUCAGUCUCCACCCCUCAAAAUACCCUGGCAAUCCAUUUGUUAGGGAGCUCUGGGAAACAUCUUUCCACUGCCGGUUAAAUGGAGAAAAUGCUACCACAUUAGGGAACCUGCCUGCAUGUAGUGGAUCAGAAAACCUGGCUACUGUGAAAAACACUUUCACUGAUGUGUCCCAGUUAAGAAUUACCUAUAAUGUGUACAAAGCUGUAUAUGCAGUGGCACAUGCAUUGCACAACUUGCAGGCAUGCAAAGAUGGGAAUGGACCCUUUGAAAACAACUCCUGUGGUGAUAUUUAUAAUUUGAAAUCUGGACAGCUUCUACAUUAUUUAAGUGAAGUUCAAUUUACCAACAAACUUGGAGAAAAUGUUCACUUUGAAGGGGGUGACAGUAAAGUUGUAUAUGAUAUAGUAAAUUGGCAAAAGAGCCCAACAGGAUCUAUGGAGUAUGUCACCAUCGGGCGGGUUGAUGGCUCUGACAUUUUUAUCAAUGAGAAAGCCAUUGUCUGGACCUCAGGGAAAAAAGAGGUACCUGUGUCAAUCUGCACAGAAGACUGUCCCCCAGGGACUAGGAAAGCUACCAGGAAAGGAGAGCCAUCAUGCUGCUUUGACUGCAUUCUUUGUGCAGAAGGAGAACUAAGCAACACAACAAAUUCCCUACAGUGUGACAAAUGUCCCUUGGAGUACUGGUCAAACGCCUACAGAAAUGAGUGCAUUCCUCGAGAUGUUGAAUUCCUGUCAUUUGAAGACACAAUGGGGAUUACACUCACAACAGUUGCUUUAUCUGGAGCCAGCAUAACCUUGGCUGUGGCUAUCAUUUUCUUAUAUUAUAAAAACACGCCAAUUGUCAGAGCAAACAACUCCGAGCUUAGCUUCCUAUUACUCUUCUCUUUAAUGAUGUGUUUCCUGUGCUCCCUGUGUUUCAUUGGGAAACCUUCCAUCUGGAGCUGUAAAAUCCAGCACAUAGCGUUUGGGGUCAGUUUUGUGCUCUGCAUUUCAUGUCUUCUUGUGAAAACUAUUGUUGUGUUGAUGGCUUUCCAAGCCACUCUCCCUGGAAAUGAUGUCAUGAAAUGGUUUGGGCCCACACAGCAGAGAAGCAGUGUCAUAGUCUGCACCUUAAUCCAGGUUCUCCAAUGUGCUGUCUGGCUUUCAGUUAGCCCCCCUCUGCCAAAUAAGAACACCAGCUACCAGAACUCAAAAAUAAUCUUAGAAUGUGCAGUGGGGUCCAUUGUAGCCUUUUGUUGUGUGCUGGGGUAUAUUGGUUUGCUAGCAUGUCUCUGCUUCACGUUAGCUUUCUUGGCCCGAAAUCUGCCAGACAAUUUCAAUGAAGGAAAAUUCAUUACAUUCAGCAUGCUUAUAUUCUGUGCUGUCUGGAUCACCUUUAUCCCAGCUUAUAUCAGCUCCCCUGGCAAAUAUACAGUAGCUGUAGAAAUUUUUGCUAUUUUGUCUUCCAGUUUUGGUCUCCUUGGGUGCAUCUUUGCCCCCAAAUGCUUUAUUAUUUUACUCAGACCAGAAAAUAAUACAAAAAAGUUUCUUAUGGGAAGAGCAUCUGCAUAGAAAUAAGUAGAACUAUGUUUCUGACAGGGCCACUGUGCAACUCUAUUGCUGGAGCUCGUCAAAGUGACAUUCUAAGCACUUUUGCAUGUGGUAUGUGUUUUUUGUUUCUUUUCACUUAUCCAUAACAUCCUGGUAAAUAUAAUUAAUAAGUUGUAUGUAAUGCAUUAAAUGCAAAAUGAUUGAUUGAUGCAGUGAAUAUUAAACAAAGAUUAGCAAAACUGCAUUGGAUUCCAAUAUUUUGGCAUUUCAAUAUUUUGCAAAUAAUCGCUGGGGUUUUGUACCUUCAUAUGGGAAUAUUCCAUAUAGGCUCAUUAACAUGAAUCAGGUUUAGAUGGUAAACUGUCCAUUUCAGUAGGAAGCUACUAAUCUGUGUAUUCCUUAGAGCAGCAGUACAAACCUGCCAAAAUGUAUUUCAGUAAAUUUGAAAGUG